GCCUGCCUUCGGAGCGUUCGCGAUCGAGAUUGCGAUCGUCAGCAGUGGCGGAGAGCCCCUCUUGAGUCCCCUCGCAGUCGGAAUCGAAGCUUUAUUGUGGAUUCCCUGGCGAAUUAGAUGAGCUCGUCAGAAUCCCCUUAUGGAGUCCUCCCGACCGACAUCGUCACACAGAUCCUCGCGCGGCUGCCCGUCUAUUCCCUCUUCCGAUGCAGGUCCGUCUGCAAGCUGUGGAACCGAUUGCCCUUUGAGAAGCACUUCGUCGACCUCUACUUCCGGAUCGGCCCCAAAGACCCCAUCUUGCUGUUGGAAUUCCCCGAGUCCAGCGCCUUCCUCUCGGUCGACCGAUUUCGGGGGGUCUCGGCCUUCUCCCUGGGAUUCUUGAACGAUAAGGUCAAGAUCAGGGCCUCCUGCAAUGGCUUGCUGUGCUGCUCCAGCGUUCGGAAUCGUGGCGUUUACUACGUCUGCAAUCCGGUCACCCGAGAGUUCCGUGUGCUGCCGAGAGCGAGGGAGAGGCCCCUCACUCGGUGCCAACCGGAGUACGAGGCUACCCUCGUCGGCUUGGCGUUUGAUCCCGUCUCUUGGAAGUUUAAUGUUGUUCUUGCUGGAUUCCAUCGUUUUUUUGGUCACCGGCCUCAUGGCGAGUUCGUCUCCCUGGUGUUCGAUUCGGAAACCAAUUCUUGGAGUCGAUCGGUUUCGUUGAUGCACGACGAGUUCACCCACAUGAAUCGCUGCCAAGUUGUGUUUUCUUGUGGCUUGCUGCAUUGGUUGACGCAUAGCUGUUCUUAUGUGCUUGCUUUUGAUUUGAAAAGUGGAGUUUGGGGGAAAAUCUUGCUGCCGGAUGAAGUGCUGACGACAAGGUCUGGAUCCAGGGUUUAUCUUCUGGAGCUGGAAGGAUCGGUGUCGGUCGUUCAGAUAACUGGGGUUUGGAUGAGCAUAUGGGUUUUAAGAAAUCAUGACACUGAGCAAUGGACUUUGGUUGAUAGAGUGCAUCUCCGGUGCAUCAGUGCGUUUGCUGCGAGCAUAUUUCCUGUGAGCCAGUCGAGAGAUGUCGCCUUCAUGGCGACGCAGAAGAAGAUUUUGAUAUACAACUUGAAGGGCAAGGUGUGGAAGGAGGUAUAUGGUGCAAAUGGAACUGUGACAUAUCCACUGUGGUUUUCAUCUUAUGGUUUCAGGAGCACACUUUUUCCUUGUCAUCUUUAAGCGACCAGAUUAUGCCAUGCGUUUGGUCAAUAUUGAGUUUCUCUUACUAAUCAACAAGUGAUAUGCAUGACAUAUUAUUGCCCAGAGAUUGUCACACAAGGCAUAGUCAUCAUCCAUAUGGGAAUAAGGGGUCCGUCCUGCUGAUGCGGCUGUGACAGUGGAAGAGUUCUUCGAGUGGUUGCAGAAUGCAAUGCAGUCCUGCAUGUUUGAAGCCAACAGCCAACAGCAUAGCAAAUGAGAGCCCUUCUCCCAGAAUUGGCAGUUGCUUCAAGAACAGCCUCACAAGAAGAAAGGUCCUAUGAAACCCUGUAAAAAACAUGACCACCUUAUCCUAUUAGCCAUAACAACACUCCUAAUCCUGCUUGAACAGAUGAUUACUUCGACCGGGGUCGCAUCAUCUGCAGUCACUGAUGCUAAACUAUGCUAGUGUGGAAAUCCAAUCCAGCAAGAUUUUGACUUUAUGCAAGUCUAGUGGUUGAAGAUUUAUACUUAUGUUGUAAGGUACUGUUGAGAAUCAUUUUCUGGCUGUGCAACAAAGGAUGUUAAAGCAUCAUGAGACACUUUUCAGUGUUAGACAGUAUACAUGAAGUUGAUCUGUGUCAGACUAAUGAGUUGGCUUGUUUCUUUUUGAAGUCUGUAUUCAGAGCAAGUUGAAAUGUAUGGUCAUUGUAGACUUUGCCUGUGGUGAUGAUGGAAUAAGCAAUGAAGUAAUAGAGUGCAGUGAGAUCAGCUGCAAACAAAGUGUUUUUUGUUGUCAAA